AAAAAAUGUCUUUCAUUCAGAUUUGGUUGUAGAAUGUAGAUUUCAAAUAUUUGAUUACAUUGUUCAUUGUUGUUGGGUGUGUGUGUAUCUGUUGUUGGAACUGUGCGUAUCUCUGGUUGGAAGUGUUUUUCGCUCGAACCCGGAGCAAACGCGAAUAUCGAAUCUAUCAUCGAAUAAUGAAAUAGUAUAAGAAUUUCGGUAUCAAAAACGCACAAUUUCCUAGUCAUAUAAAAUGGUACAUGCGAUUAUUUUGUGUAAAUAAUAAGUUUUUUGCAGACUCUAGCCCAAGAUAAAAAUGGGGAAUUAUAUAUUGAGCACCAUCCUCUUCAGGCUUCUUCUACCAGCUGUUAUAUCUGUUUGUAUAAUAUUUAGGCCAUCUGGUCUAUCUGCUAUCUAUCUACUAGUCCUCUGUUACUUGCCGUUCGUUCCGGUGCCGACGGAAAAGACUUUGAAUGGCCACACAGGCAUAUUUUUCAAAAUAUUUCUAGUCAUAUCAGUACUGACGCCUAUAUCCCAGUUGGCAUUCCAAGUAUUCUUACUCUUGAAGCCACCCUACGCACAUCUUUUAAAGGAUGAUCCUUUCCUGGAAAAAAUCCUUCGUCAUGCCGGAUUCGUCAGACUUGACGGUUUGGCGGCUGCCAUCGCUUUCCUGUGGCUGUCACCCGAAGUUGUUUUUUUGGCGGCGGCCAUAGCGUUCUACGUGACCGCUAAAAAACUCAAUGCCCCCUUACCUAUCACCGUAGAAGAGUCAUCUGUGAUGGCUGUCGAUGUCGACACGCCUAAACAGAAGAAAACAAGUUCUCAGACCUUUCUGGUAGCCUUGGGACGAUAUUGCGUUUUGACAACUCUCUGCCUAGCAGCUGUGAUGAGGCCGUCUGUACAGGGUGGCCUCUAUUUCCUGGUAUUUCUGAGCGCUGCCACUUGGUGGGCCUGCUACAGACCCCUAAGGAAAUGUUUCGCCAUAGUACUUUGCUGUCUGGUACCAAUAGUCUUCAUUCACAUAUGGACUCUGUAUGCCUAUCAACUUCCUUGGUCACAAGAAUUCCUACCAAAACGUAGUCCGUAUGCAAGGUAUUUUGGGUUGACCCAGCUCGUGAAAAUUCGCGAUAAUGACACCACGGUUGAUCUCUUCGAUAAUGGCGAUUCAAACGGUACUAUAGUGGAUGAGAGUGAUCACAACAUUACUGAUGUCAUGACUCUAUUGAGUACUACUCUUAGUCCAUUGAGUAGCACUUUGGUAUCGGAUGAACGAGAAUACGUUUUUUCAAAGACUGAAGAAUGGGCGUCAUUUGUCAAUCCUAUUAUUCUGUAUAUUUUGUAUUACAUUUUGAUAUUGGAAAGCAAGGAACUCCUGAAACCAGAGUUGGCACAGAAGCAGGGCACCUUCUCCCGAUUGGAAGGUAGUUUCACUGGCGAUUUGAGCAGACAGAUGUCUCAGCGGUUGUCGAAACAGCAGUUGAUACGUUCGACGACUACUAAAAAGAAAUGGCAGAGCGCUACUCGAAAAGUCCGAAUUAAUUUAGAACCAGACAUUCGCCAAACUGAGCCUACUGAGAAUACACCCUUAAUUCGUGGAGUAAGUCCUUCGAAAAAACGAGCCGGUUCUGGAAAACGUAGUGGGAUUUUCCAGGACUCGACAGGUAGUGCCACAGUGACAGGAGAGGGUGAAGAGAUACCACUAGAUGAAUUCGAUGAAGGUCAAGCACUUGAAAUAUCUCUGUUUGAAAACGUCAUGUAUGGCCUGGAAUCUAUUCUCCAACUCAUUGUACGGUCAUCGUACAUUGCUACCAAUAUAAUCAUGAUGGCUUGGAGCAUAACAUACUUGAGUUGGAUAACCUUCGUCCUUCUCAUUUGGGCCAACCUAAUAUGGCUGGUACCCAAGCAAAGAAAAAACAUGCUUCACUCCAGCCCAUUCCUGGUGCUAUACGCCUGGUUCCUUCUGAUAUCAGCCUACAUAUUCUCCAUGAAUUUGACGAACGACGAACUGCCUGCUGAGUUGGAGGGCUUCAAUCUGAAGGAAAUCGGCUUCGAAAGGGUCGGUAAUUUACCGUGUCUACCGCUGAUCGUCAAGUGUCUGUAUACCGUGAUGUUUUGGGUCACUUUGAGGCAGUACAUGCAAGAACGCAUGGAGGCUAGACAGAAAAGUGCCUUAGCGGAUAUGGUGGCGCCCCUGCAGGUCACCGUAGGGACUGCUGCAGGUGUAGAGAAAGGUCAAGAAAAGACCGGCAACAAAACAUUGGAAAGAUUUGGGCGAUUGAUGAAAAGAUUUCUCACAAAAUGUUGGAUUUGGGUAGUGGCUACAACACUAUUUGCAGUCGCUAUCACUGGACAAAGGAUGACUGGGUUCAGAAUUGUCUAUAUGGCCCUUUUCAUAUUUUUCAUUUUGUCUUUCCAGUUUUCUUUCAGAGUUUGGAGGAAACUAAUGUUCGCGUUCCUGUUAACUGUGAUUAUAUAUUCUAUGAUAAUACUGGUACUUAUUUAUACAUAUCAGUUCAAGGAGUUUCCCUUAUAUUGGAAAGAAUAUAUUCACCUACCUAUUGAACAGCAAAAAGAUAUGGGGCUGGAACAAUUCGAGACCAAACUACUGUUUGUGCGACUCGUCACUCCUACAUUCUUCGUGAUAGUGACGGUCAUUCAACUGCAUUACAUUCAUGACGAUUUCAUGGCUCUGUCGGACCCGAAGAACACCAGCGAAAUAGCUGACGAUGAUAAUGAUGCGGAAGACUUGGAGCAGAGUUCUAUGCAAGGAGGGGCCUUCAUUGAUCGCAGUCAAAAAGAUGAUUCUUUUUCUAGUGCCAACUAUGAUUUGUAUGAGCUCGGAAAUUUCUCCUCGCUGCAGUUUCAACAUUUAGCACAGUCGUGGCUGAAGAAGCUUUACAGAUUGAAAAAUCUGACGUUCCGUUUCUUGGAAUUGCACAUGUCCAAAGUGGUGCUGCUUUUCGCCAUGUUGAUGUGCAUUCACGACAAGUGCGCCGUCUACAUGGUCAUCGUCAUUCUGAUAUCGAUGGCCUUCACUUUCGGAAGGCCAGUGCAGCUGUUCGCCAUUUAUUUGAGCUCUCUGCUCGUGUCUGUGCUCCUGCUGGCCCGAAUGAUAUACCAAAUCAAGUAUAUCACUCCGAAGAAUUGGAACGUGAACUGCACGGUGUCUGAUAACCCCGAUAUGAACGAAACCACAGUGAAUAUAUUUCCUUGGUUAGGUUUCCACAAAGCUGAAAAUUCGGAAAAAUCUCUGGCUGGUUUACUGAAAUGGAACAUAAUCUACAUUUUGGUGGUAACAUUGUGGAGUGUCAUUUUGGUUAGACAGUAUAACUACAGGAUGUCCAGAGGCAGGCCUACCACUAGGGCGUUUUUCAUGUUCCCAACAAUCACCAGGGACGAUGCCGAUAAAAGUUUGACACAUUUCUCCAAAUAUAUGGCGAAUUAUGGAUUCUACAAAUUUGGUGUGGAGAUUUCUCUUAUUAUGACAGUGGUCGUGAUUGGAGCAAGAUUUGAUGCGUACUCUGUACUGUAUGGAAUUUGGUUGUGUACUCUCUUCUCUUUAGGAAGGAAAACUCUAUCGAGAAUUUGGGUGUUCUACUUGAUUUUCAUUGCAGUGGCCUUACCAUUUCAAUAUUUCAUGGCCGUAGGUCUACCUCCUCCAUUGUGUCAAGAGUUUCCUUGGGACCACCCCAUACUUUUUAUGAAGGGGUUACAAGAUUGGGCAUUCCUUCCCGAUAUCUACAACCCUCCACCUGUCGAGAAACUCAUAUACGAUUUUCUCCUACUCGUCAUAGUUUCUCGACAGUGGGUUGUGUUCAGAAUCGAGAAACGAUACGAGCACAGCAAUUACGCAGGUGGUUCUAAUGGAAGCAUUAUACACCAUGCAGAGGAGCAAGAUUUCGUUAAUCCUGUUCCUGACUUCAUAACAUACACCAGGUCGUACCUGGAUGUUCUGAAAAAGUUAGUUCUUCAAAGUUUCCUGUGGAUCACUUUGGCCAUCGUAUUUUUGGCUGGCACCAACAGGGUGAAUAUAUUUUCCAUUGGAUACCUACUCGGAGCGUUCGUUUUUCUAUGGCAUGGUUCGGAUUUCUAUUUGAGACCUAUACCGAAAAUACUGAGACAGUGGCAAAUGCUGUUAGGCUUCAACGUAACGGUGAUUUUCAUCAAGUGCUGGUUCCAGCUGAUCGGCUGCGUGUUCCUGCACAACAUUCCGAUCAGCUGCUGCUGGCUGGUGCAGCUGCUGGGGAUCGGCUGCGACAAGAAGUUCGGAGUCGACGAGGACGUGGUGGACGAAACGGUGCCGGAACGCUGCAUGGUGCCGGAAGAGUACAUGGGCAUGGCUUGGGACGGGGUCUGUUUCUGUCUGCUGGUGUUGCAGAGGAGGAUUUUUAAUAGUUACAAUUUCUUUCACAUCGUGGACGAUACGAAGGCGACAACUAUUUUGGCGUCGAGAGGUGCUGAACUGAUUGAGGAAAUCAGGUUGAAAGCUAUGAAGGAGCAAGAUGACAUAGAACAUAAAGUUUUAGAAAAAAUCAAGAUGAAAAUGGACAGAAUCAAGGCAAAUCAACAGAAAAUACAAGAUUCAAUCUAUAGUGGUAGACCAAAAUAUAGAGUGAAGCAACCAAUUACAUAUAAAGAGGCAAUCCGAUCUGGUGACUACUACAUGUUUGAUGAACUUGAAGAUGAGGAAAUCGAUUUGCUUCCUGAAGAAAAAGCAGUCGAAGAAGAAGACAGGCUCAGAAGACCAGACAUGGGAGAGAUCGAUGAAAAUGAACCGAGAAAUGUAAGAAUCCAGGAACUUAAAGAAGAUGAUGGACAACCAGGGACCAGUAAGGAUGAAGAUUUCAGUGAAUUUACUGAUGUGGAGCCCAACAUAUGGAGGAAAAUUUUGUCAUGGCUUAUAUUCAUCUGGGCUUUUGUAGAGAGCGCUAUGGUUAGCAUGACUCGGUUCUUGAACAGGCAUUCAAGUAACUACAGAUAUGUACUGAGAGUCUUAGCAAAGGAAAAGAGAACACUCAAGGAGAAAACACACUAUAAUAUUGGCCUGAGGGUAGGUCCUGGAAAAAUCUGGCAACCAGCAGGGUCCUACCACAGUUUAUUACGGCAUUCUGUGAGAACCUCUGUAAAUCCAGAAAUCACCAGGAUGUCUUUGGACUACGGAGAAGAAAUGUCAUCUUACGAUCAGCCGACCAUAUUCCGGUUACUGCUGGCCGUCUGGUACAUCAUUAUGAGCAAAUCCGAUGUUUUAUGCUAUUUCGUGAUAUUCCUCAAUCAAAUAAAAAACGCGAACUUCAUCUGUCUACCUCUACCCUUCAUGGUAUUCUUCUGGGGCACCCUCACCAUCCCUAGACCGUCGAAAACCUUCUGGGUCACCAUCAUCGCCUACACGGAAGUAAUAGUGCUGCUGAAGUGCCUGUUUCAGUUCGACAUAAUGCCGGGCAAUCAGAGAAGGACCGUAACUGAGUACAAGACAACAAUUUCUGAAACGAACCCUUUUUACCCACCUACUAUUAUAGGGCUGCACAGAAGCAAUAACUAUUAUGCUAUGUGGGAUUUGUUUUUGCUCCUAGUGGUGUUCUUCCAUAGAGUCCUUUUGAAGUCCAUGGGCAUAUGGAGCUCCACCGGCCCGACCACGGCCGCCCUUCUGGAGGACGGCGAGUACCGGCUGAAGGACGGCGAGUUCGUGCCGGUGACGGCGAGUUCGCCGCCGUCCACGUCGUCGAAGAAGUCGAGCAAGUCGACGAGGUCGAGCAGGGCGUCGAAGAGUCGGUCUUCGACGCCGGUCAGUGAGGAGGAGACGAUCCUGAUACGGACCAGACCGAUGCAGAAGAUGCGGCAUAUCUCGAUAGCGAUGAAAAUGGCGAUGGCAAAAUAUGCUCAACACUUCAAAAUCUUCAUUCAAAAUCUGUUGGAUCCUACCUCUAGAACGGCAGCUGAUGUAUAUUCUUUGAUGUUCCUGUGUGAUUUCAUCAACUUCUUCGUUGUACUUUUCGGAUAUUCAUCGUUUGGCUCUCAGCAAGAAGGAGGAGGAGUAGCAGAUUAUCUUCAGGAGAACAGAGUACCAGCACUAUUUUUAUUCAUGCUAAUAUUCCAAUUCAUGCUGAUCAUAAUCGACAGAGGCAUAUAUCUGAGAAAGAAUAUCUUGGGAAAGAUUAUUUUCCAGUUCAUCCAGAUCAUCCUGUUGCACGUCUGGCUAUUCAUUCUAUUUCCUGUGAUAACUGGAAAUCAGUGCAACAAAGUGCUAGCCCCUCAAAUAUACUACAUGGUCAAGUGUUUCUACUUGCUCUUCUCCGCCUUCCAAAUACGGUGCGGCUACCCUACUCGGAUCCUGGGCAAUUUCCUGUGCAAGGGCUACGGCUACCUGAACAUGUUCCUCUACAAGGGCUUCAUGCUGAUCCCGUUCCUGUUCGAGUUGCGCACCUGCAUGGACUGGAUGUGGACGGAGACGUCCAUGACACUGUUUGAUUGGAUCAAGAUGGAGGACAUCUUUUCUCACAUUUUCUUACUGAAGUGUUCGAGGCACGUGGAAGAUGAAUAUCCCCAGCCUAGGGGUGAGAAAAAGAAGGGCCACAUCAAGUAUCUGAUGGGCGGGGCGGUAUUGGUCGUUAUCAUUGGCAUCAUCUGGUUCCCGCUGGUCUUCUUCUCGCUCGGUAAUACCGUGGGGGAACCCAAUCCGCCCACCGACGUCACAUUGGAGAUUCGCAUCGGCCCUUACGAACCCAUCUACAAGAUGUCUGCCCAGAGCAAUUCUAUCGAUCAAUUCACAAGUGGUGAAAUGGAAAUGUUGAUGACGCUUUAUAACGCUUACAAGAUAUCCGAAACGUUUAUAUACAACUACGAGGCAGUGGACGUUGCCGCAGUCAAAUUGAGUUCGGAUUCAGCCAAUAUAUGGGCUAUAUCCCCACCUGAUCGUAAAAGAAUGGUAGCAGAAAUAGAAUCACCUCGACCUUUGGAAAUCAGAUUGUUUUAUAAGGUGUCGCACAAAACCAGUAAGCCGGAAGACUCCGGUAUAAUUUCCGAUUUCGUCGAGCGAGUGAUACCGCCAAGUACUGAAAUGGAGAACAACACGAUCCGUCAGAAUCUGCUGAAGAUGUUGGAAGGCGGAGAGGCCGAUCCAGUGCAAUUCACUUUCCUUUUGCCCAAGUUCCUGAAAGUCACCAAUAGGGGAACAGCGAAGCCAAUCGACGAGCUUAUGCUCGCCCAUCCAAAGAAACUUUCGAAAGAAUUCCGUAACAUAACAAUAAGUCUGUUACGACCGAAUAAUUCAUUGCUGCAUGAGGGAGAAUGGUGGCAGAUACAUGAAGAGUGCGGUACCCCGGACGACAAGAACUACGAAGUUUUUUUGAAGAAAAUACCCUACGAAGAUUGCAAAAAUUAUAUAGUCAUGUAUACUUUCAACGAUAAAGUGUUCCCGUCAACUUUGGACUUUAUCACUGGAGGAGGCAUCAUAGGCCUCUACACCACCCUCGUCUUCCUUGCGUCGCGCGUCCUGCGUGGCUUCUUCGCCGACGGCUGCGCCAAAAUCAUGUUCGAGGACCUGCCGAACGUCGACAGGGUGUUGCAACUAUGCCUGGACAUCUAUCUGGUGCGCGAGGCGUACGAGUUCUGCCUCGAGGAGGACCUAUUCGCCAAGCUGGUGUUCCUGUUCCGGUCGCCGGAGACGCUGAUCAAGUGGACCAGGCCCAAAGAGGAGGUGGCCGACGAUGAUGAUCCGGAGGGGGAUGGGGAGUGAAUUUAUGAGAGGGGGUUGUUGGUCUUGAUCGGCUGAAUUUUGUGGUUGUCAAGAGGUUGUUUGUUGUAUUGUUGUUUGAAAUUCGGAGAGUUGCUCUGAAUGUUGCCGGAGUCGUUUUGUCUGGAUAUGCACGAGCGUUUCCAUGCUACAGGGAGGCCACUGAGCUACUCUUGAUUUGUCUUUUUUCUCAAGGAAAUAACGGGUUUUAACAAUGUUUGAGUGCUACAUGAUCGUUUUGUAUGCGUCAUCUCCUUUCUGCACAUGUUGAAGAUACAAAGGAAUUGCAAAUACACGACUGGCAAAACAAAUCUUCUCAUGAAACCAUCUAUUGAAGUGAAUAUGCAUAGAGGUUCACGAGUAGCUGAUAGAGAGGAAACAAAGCGACAUUAUACUUGUCUGUAGCUCGUGUGGCAAACAUGCGAUAUCUAGGUGGAAGGCAAAGUUUAACAGUGUUGCUUUGUUUUUCUCUCUCUUAGAUACUCGUGAACCUCUAUGUGUAUGCACUUGAAAAGAUGGUUUAUUUGGCCAUACGUGGAUAAAUAAGAGGCUACUUGGUUGCACAGUAUUAUUCUGUCAUGUGGCUCUCAAUCAGUGUUGAAGGGUAUUUAUAUAUUUUUCACUUGUACUAUUUCCGCAGUCUUCAUGAUUAUCUUCCUUCCGGUACGCCGGGAAGAAAUUUCACUGCCUUGGUACGGGGUUGAAAGUAAAAAAGAAGGAGAAAAUGCAUAUUCUCUGGGUAUGAAAUUGUCUGGCGACGAAAAUCUCGAGAGACACAUUUGUCUUGUUUCUGUAUCGAAAUAGCGGUAUUGAAUUGAAAAAAAACUUGUUUGUCAAAAUGUCGCUAAUUGGAAUAAUAAUUGUUGCUUUCCUUGAUCUGUAUUGGUGUCGCAGAUUUCUUUACUUUACUUUGCUUGAUGCAACUUGAUAUAUUCCUCAAAAAAGUUGUAUGUUUCGAGGAUAUUUUGGGUGAUAUAUCUAACACAAAACAACUAUUCUCGCUAUAUCAGAUGACGAAUAUUGGACAACUUCUCUAAGUUAUCAAAAAUGUCUAAAGCAAAAAGAUUCUGCAUUUCUCAGAAUUCGAAUAGGAAUUAUGAAUCUAGUACAUACUACACAUCUAGAAGAAUAAGAUUAUGAAACGGAAGUAAUCAUAAAUAAUAUAUACAAAAUAUAUAAUAUUACUAAUCACCAUGAGUUCAUUCAAUGGAGAUUGAUUCUUGAUAAGUAGAUAGUUCACAACAGGAUAUUAUAUUGAGUAAAAAUAUUUUUUGACUCCCGAAAUUCUUGUCUAGAUACCGUAAAAUAAAACCAUAUUUUUAUAUUUCUGAAGAAAAUUGUCGUUAUCUGUUAGAUAUAACAAUCAUUUCAAAUGUUCAUAAUUUCUUCUUUCAGUCAGAUGACUAUUUCUUUUAAUCACAUCUUCAACAGCAGAUAUUAUAAACACUUGAUUUGUAGUAAUAAGAAAUUAAGAAUUAUUGAAUUGUUACUUACUAUAUUACAAAAAUAUUUUCAUGUUCACUCUAAUUUGAAUACAUAAUUCAAAGGAAUUGAAAACUUCAGUAUUCCAACACUGCUACACAGUUGUAGAUUAUAUAAUAAUUAUGAUGAAUGAAUUUUUGAUGCCUUUGAAGUAGAAUAACCAGUGGAAAAUUAUUGUGUGGUUAAAUCCUGCGAGUUUCGAUGAUGUAUACCUUUUUUGGGUUGGGGAAUAGAAAAUAGUAGUAGGAUCUCCUUUGGUUUCGAGAAAUUGAAAGUGAAAGAAAUGUUAUGUUUUUUUUGGGAACCUUCUUACAACUACUACAGUUUGGUAGUGAAUUCAGUGGUAUAUCAAAACACCUGCACUUAAUAUUCAAUUGUGCUAUUCUAAUGAAUUUUCACGAUGAGCAUAGUGAAAACCCAAAAUUUUUACGAAUUCAGAUAAUAUAUAUUCUAAUUAUUUUCUGUAAUACUGAUGAUUGAUGCAUUUUUCCUGUUGUAUAUCAUUGAUAUAAUCUCUGUGUCUUGUAUCAAAUACUGAAGCGUAUUUGAGUCGAUUUCCUAUUCAUGCCAAAAUAUUUAGAUUAUGUGAAAACGUGUGAUUUCUUCCACCAUUAUUAUACAGGUUGUCCAAUAAGUCAUGGAUCUGAAGAAGUGGGGUGGUAGGGGGAGUCAUUUUGAAUCAAACUAACCGUAUAUGUGGUUAUCCAAUUGUUGAUGGUUCAAAAACUUGAUUUCUAUAAAAAAAAUAAUUCAAUAGAACUAUGUCAUAUUUGUGAUUUUUUCUUUCACAAAUGUCAUCCACAUGGAUGCACCUAUCCCCA